GCUAGCAGCGUUAGCUCCGUACUCUGCAUGCGGACAUAAAAAGCGUGAAGAGGGUGUUGUGUUCAUGUGUCGCAGGUAAAAUAUUCUGUUGUUAGCGAAGCAGCGAUGUCUUAGCUUUAGUGUUUCAGAGAUUUAAUCACCGAACGACUAACUGUUGCUGCUGAAGAAAUAUUCAGACACGUCGAAAGAACCGUCGUAGAGUACGAGGAAGAGUUGGAUCGUCAGCGCAAACUGUUGGAGAUCGUUUGCAAACCUCGAGUAAAGUUAAAGCGAAUAGGGAACAUUUAAAGCUUAACCUUGGAGAACUUUGUCUCGAACCACGACACAAUGUUUAAACUGAAGCUUCCACAACUGCAUGUCUGUAAAGAGGAGGAGGUUCUCACUGAGCAGCAGCUCUGUAACCAGGAGAGGAACUCAAGUCUGGACCAAGAGGAACCAGAGUCACUACAUAUGAAAGAGGAAGAGGUGGAAAUCUGCACCAGUCAUGAGGGAGAACAGCUUGAAGUGAAGCAGGAGGCUGAUACAUUAAUGUUGACUCCUGAAAAUGAGGAAAGUGACCACAUGGAACCAGGAAGAAAUGAGGAAGAUAUGGAUCUUCAGCACAGACUCCAUAUGAAGUGGGGCCCUGUAAUAAAGUUACAGAGUACAGAGCUUCCACAGCAGCAUGUGUGUAAAGAGGAGGAGGUUCUCACUGAGCAGCAGCUCUGUAACCAGGAGAGGAACUCCAGUCUGGACCAAGAGGAACCAGAGAUACUACAGAUUAAAGUGGAGCAGGAGGAAAUCUGCACCAGUCAUGAGGGAGAACAGCUUGAAGUGAAGCAGGAGGCUGAUACAUUAUUGUUGGCUCCUGAUAAUGAGGAAAGUGACCACAUGGAACCAGAACUGGACAGUGACCACCAGCUCUCUCACAGCUCUCCUGUAGCUCAGAGUCAAGAUCAGACAGGAAGUCACCAUGUUGACUCUUUGUCGAAUAGAAAUGAGAGAUGUAACAGGAACAAAGUAGAAAACUAUGACACAUCAAAGAUUGAGUCUGAAACUCACACAGGUAAAAAGUCUUUUAAAUGUGACACUUGUGGCAAAGGUUUUGUUUAUAAGUCUCAACUGAUUAUACACAUGAAAGUCCACACAGGAGAGAAACCAUUUUCUUGCUCAACGUGUGGAACGUGUUUCAUUUCGCGUAAUAGCUUGAUAGUCCAUGAAAGAAUUCACUCUGGUGAAAGGCCAUAUUCCUGUAAAACAUGCGGAAAGCGUUUUAAGCGAAGGCCUCAUUUGACAGUCCACGGAAGAAUUCACUCUGGUGAUAGGCUGUAUUCCUGUAAAACAUGUGGAAAGAGUUUUGUUGAGGGAAAGGAUUUGAAAGUCCAUGAAAGAGUUCACUCUGGUGAAAAUCCAUAUUCCUGUAACACAUGUGGAAAGAGUUUUGGUCAAAGUUCUCAUUUGAUAAGACAUGAAAGAAUUCACACACAUGACAGGCCGCAUUCCUGUAAAAUAUGUGGGAAGUGUUUUAUUCAAAGGUCACAUUUGAUAAGACAUGAAAGAAUUCACACAGGUGAGAGGCUGUAUUCCUGUAAAAUAUGUGGAAAGUGUUUUAUUCAGAAGGGGAGUUUGGUAGAACAUGAAAGAACGCACACUGGUGAGAAGCCACAUUCCUGUAAAACAUGUGGGAAGUGUUUUACUCAGAGGGGGGGUUUGGUAGAACAUGAAAGAACUCACACUGGUGAGAAGCCACAUUCCUGUAAAAUAUGUGGGAAGUGUUUUACUCAGAGGGGGGGUUUGGUAGAACAUGAAAGAACUCACACUGGUGAGAAGCCACAUUCCUGUAAAAUAUGUGGAAAGGGUUUUAUUAAGAGGGGGAAUUUGGUAGAACAUGAAAGAACUCACACUGGUGAGAAGCCAUUUUCCUGUAAAACAUGUGGAAAGUGUUAUAAUCGGAAGGCGAGUUUGGCAGUCCAUGAAAGAACCCACACCGAUAAGAAGCCAUAAACCUGGAAUGUGGAAAGUGUUUCAGUCAAGGUUUGGCUUUGGUAGAACAUAACAAAACUUCAGAGGUGAGAAGCCAUAUUUUGUUAAAACGUGGAAAGUGUUUUAUUUGAAAGAAGUAUUUGAUAAUCCAUGAAAAGAGUGAAGCCUUUCUCCUGUGAAACAUGUGGAAAGGAUUACAGAUAUGAAUUCAGUUUGAUAGAACAUGAAAGGAAAUAAUAAAGAAGAAAUAAAAAAAGGAAAUAAUUUACACUUUCAUGUUUCCGCAGGUGGCACCCAGCUUUAUUUUUCAAGUAAUCCCAACUCUACCCUCCCACCCUGUUCCCUCUCCAAUUUCCCGGUGCCCAUAUAAUCAACAAAACCCCCUCCUUCCUCUAUAUCACCCUUAUUUUAAAGCAGUUUGACUAGCUUCCAAUAAAAUUCUGUAUCACUUUCAAAAUCCUAUGUACAUUUAAGACCAUCCAUCACCUCGGCCCUCCAUAUGGCGCAUUUCCACCGGCUCUACUUGCCUUGCCUCGCCUUGCCACGGCACGAUUAGGUUGCAUCUCCACUACAUAAAAGUACCUACCUAACAUGGGUGGUGUCAUCACUGCAUGGCUGAAACUGCGGUGACUUGUUUUAUACACGACACACACACACGAGUGACUAUGACUAGUGACUUUACACUACACUUCUGGAGGUUAACCCACGUUUUUAGGAUUAAGUAGUUUUAAUUUAUCUACAAAUCGGAAACGCUACUUAAACCGUGCCGAGGCGAGUAGAGCUGGUGGAAAUGCAUUUUAAGUUCUGCUAAAGAGGGUGGAGGUGGGGUCCAAUUCUUUGAGCACUUAAAAUGUAUUUGAAGGUAACGCAAUAGUUACUUCCCCACAAACUAUUUACUUUUAUCAUUUGUAACUCAGUAACUAAUUCAGUUAAUUUUUGGGUGAAAUCACUAGUAACUGUAACUAAGUAACUUUUCCAUCCAAUUCAUCCCACUAUAUCUAAUCAUCGUUGCUUGACACUAACGUUAUAUGGCUGACUGCUGAGAGUGACGGAGAAAACUAAAGAAACAAAUGUUUGUGACCAGAGCAGCACACAUAAACACUGGCCGCACACUGCUGCUGCAGCGUGGAGUGAAAAUUGGUGAAAAGUAAUUUGAAGCUUGAUUUGCACACACAUCCCACUGAAGCUCCAUUGCAACCUCCGUCCACACUUCUUGUGCUUGUUUUAUAGUUUUUCUUGUUGCAUAAAAAGAAGGGGGUUUGGGGAAGCAAACACAACCCAGCGACAACACUCGUUGGUGUGAAAGGCCUUUACACUCAGAAAGAUGAAUAGGUAACAAUGGCCACAUUUAAGUGUGUGCAAGUGCAGUUUGUUCAAAAACAAAGAAAGAACGUUUCAUGCAUCCAUCCUAUAUUUGCUACUAAAAUAGCAAUAUUUGCCCAAACUGUUUCAAGUUAAGGUUAUCUUUAACAGAUUAUCUUUUAGAGUGAUUUAGAAAUGUUCUGACUCUGAAUAACACAUCCUAUAUUUGCUAAGAGGCAUAGGAGAAAUGUGUGGAGUGAAUGAGUUGAUGUGAUGAAGUUGUGUUUAUAUUUUAAUAAUACGAUCAUUUGUAUUUGUCAUGAAUAAAAAAACACGUUUAAACAUACA